ACGCGCCACACACAGCACCCUCACUUGCACGAGGCAACGAUUGCUGCGAACAAGAGGUGAUCAAGGUGGCCGACGACUGUGGUGAAAUCAUCAUCGUCGCCAACACGGUCAUGCCCACCACGGGCGAUCCGUUUUAUGUUCGGAACGCGGAGCCAGCGUCAACUUCGUUGCGCAGGCUGCAACGAGGAGAAAUCCCAACUACAGCGUGCGCUACUCUGCGGCUGGGCACCCCUACUCGUCGUCAUCAUCAUCGGUUGUUGGGCGUGCUACGAUCUUCCUGGCAGGACCCCUCGGGCGUGGCGGUCCUUGGCCACGGAAACCCUCCGCGUCAGUAGCUGUCGGUACGCCUGAUAUUGUGUUGUGCCCCGAGUCCGUGUCCGUAACCGUAGGACAUAGUUCCUAGAGUUCGCGCGCGUCCUCAUGGAACCGAGAGAAAGCUUUUAGGUUUGACUGCUUUGUCGGAAUUACAUGUCCCCUCCUGGCUGCCGAGGAGGCAGAGCUUCUGUCGUCGUCACGUAAACGUCGCGUGUGUGAUAGUAGCUCUUUGUCUUCGGCUCCUGUGAGCGUGUCUGCCCUUAGUCGUGUAGGGGCCGCCCCACGAAAACGUGCUACGUUCGCUCAGCCUGUCUCCGCUUUUUUGCCUGAAAAUGACCGUAGUUGUUGUCAACCGCGGCCUCGCCGUGCGUGUUCGAGUUCGAGUUCAAGUGUGAAAGAA